CGGUUUAACCGAACUAGCUGGAGUGUGUUCGCGUUUUGUGUUGUUUAAACGGAAUGUUAUUUUAGUGUUGUUUUGUGGGUACUAGUAGAGCGGGUACUUCGUUGGUUCCGAUCGAUACGAGAUCAUUUCAAAAUGCCCAACUGUCCUAAAUGCAGUAAACCGGUUUACUUCGCCGAACGUAAGACUUCUCUAGGGAAGGACUGGCACUCGGCCUGCCUGCGCUGCGAGAAAUGCAACAAGACUUUAACGCCCGGAAGCCAUUCAGAACACGACGGGAAACCCUAUUGCAACAACCCAUGCUAUUCCGCGCUCUUCGGGCCCGGAGGUUUCGGCCGCGGGGGCGCUGAAAGCUACGUGUACAACAAAUGAUCCUCCCCGGACGCACGUCCCGUCUAAGCGCUUUUCUCGGCACGUUUAAGUAUUAUUAUUAAAUUAGAUAUAAAUUGUUAAUUUCAUAGCAUUCCCCAUUGUUUUUUACCGCUAAAUAAAUAGUUACUUUAUUCGUAUUGGU